UUUUCAUUCUAUUCAAGAGAGAAGAAAAAAAAACCAUUCGUGGGUUCAUAAAAAUCCGGCAAGUCGAAUUAGAAAAACAAAACAAUUGUCGUCAAUUUCGAAAAUCACCAUGAAAGCUCUUCAAGCUUCAACUUCUUACAGCUUUUUCAGUAUUCCUUCUUCCCAAAUCCUCCGAACACGAACAACUCGUCCACAAUGUGUCAUUCUUUCAAAAGUGGAACCUUCAGACCAGUCUGUUGAAAUAAUGCGGAAAUUCUCUGAGCAAUAUGCUCGGAAGUCAGGAACAUAUUUUUGCGUUGAUAAAGGUGUCACAUCUGUUGUUAUCAAGGGAUUAGCAGAGCACAAAGAUGCACUAGGUGCUCCACUUUGCCCUUGCAGAUAUUAUGAUGACAAGGCAGCUGAAGCUAGUCAGGGGUUUUGGAACUGUCCGUGUGUGCCCAUGAGGGAAAGGAAGGAGUGCCACUGCAUGCUUUUCUUGACCCCAGAGAAUGAUUUUGCAGGCAAGGAUCAGACUAUUGGCUUGGAUGAGAUACGGGAAGUAACUGCAAACAUUUAACAUAAUGACCUACUCGUUACAGAAUUGUUUGGGAACUUGCAAUCAGCCUGUACAUUUUGUAUUUUUACAAGGAAGCUGGGUUAGUGUUGUACUGUCUGCUCACCCAUCAAUGAACUUAAUUUGUGUUUUGGAUAGACGAGUAUAGUUGAUAUAUUGCUGUGACAAUAAGCAAUCGUUGCCUUUUUCUUAUAUUUUGUUUGUAAUUAGGCCGAUUUGCUCAUCUGUAAGCUUAUUUUUUUCAUUGCAAUGCUAUAUACAGAGCAUCAUUGAGUUGUAGAAGAGCAAGGCACCCUGUUAUAUCUUUGUAUUCCUGCACCCGUGUUAGUCGUGUAUACUGAUCAGACUUUAAAAGAGAUUUUUUUGGAGAAAAGAAAGGGGAAUCGAAGGGAUCUUUAUCCCAUCUUGAUUAAA